CUCCAGUCUAGCCCGCUGAUUGGCUCGCUGGGUGUCUGAGCGGAUUGUGGAAGAGGAAGGGGAGAGCGCUUGUUGCUGUGGCCGAAGGAGCGCCUUUUCCGGGCAGAAGCGGGAGAGGCCGGUCCGGCUGAAGCUGUCCGCUAUGAGGAGAGUCACGCUGUUCGUUAACGGCACGUGCACGAACGGAAAGGUGGUGGCCGUGUACGGAUCCCUGGAGGACCUGCUGUGUGUGGCCGGCUCCAAGCUGGGCAUUCGAGCCUCCAACGUGUACAACGGGAACGGCGGCCUCAUCGACGACAUCGCGCUGAUCAGAGACGAUGACGUGCUCUACGUUUCUGAGGGAGACUCAUUUGAAGAUCCGCAGGAUGACCCGAGAGGCCCUGAUAAGGAUCAGACUCACACUGAUUGGCUGACUCUCAACGUCGGUGGGCGCUGCUUUACGACGACGAGGAGCACGUUAGUCAGUAAGGAGCCGGAGAGUAUGCUGGCCCACAUGUUCAGAGAGAAAGGUGAGCACAGCUUCACGUCAGCAGGAGGUGGUGCAUGUGCAGCGUGCUUUAAUAAUGUGCACGUUUCAGACGUGUGGGCAAACAAGCGUGACCGUCAGGGCGCGUACCUGAUCGACCGCAGCCCGGACUACUUUGAGCCCAUCCUGAACUACCUGCGGCAUGGACAGCUCAUCAUCAAUGAGGGGAUCAACCCCCUCGGUGUGCUGGAAGAAGCUCGCUUCUUUGGGAUCGAGCAGCUCGCCGAACAGCUGGAGGCCCUCAUAAAGUCCUCUCAGCCUCCUGACGAUCACUCACCUUUGACCCGGAAAGAGUUCAUCAGGUUCCUGUUGGCCACGACCACAAAGUCCGAGCUGCGCUGUCAGGGUCUGAACUUCACCGGUGCCGACCUGUCUCGUCUGGACCUGCGUUACAUCAACUUUAAGAUGGCCAACCUGAGAGGAACCAACCUGACCCACGCUAACCUGAGCGGGGCCAACCUGGAGCGAGCCGACCUGUCCGCGGCCUGCCUUGACGGCGCCAACCUGCAGGGCGUGAAGAUGUUGUGCACCAACGCUGAAGGAGCGUCGUUGCGAGGCUGCAACUUUGAGGAUCCUGCAGGAGUCAAGGCCAACCUGGAGGGGGCCAACCUGAAGGGCGUGGACAUGGAGGGAAGUCAGAUGACGGGCAUCAACCUGAGAGUCGCCACGCUGAAGAAUGCCAAAUUGAAGAACUGUAACCUGCGGGGGGCAACUCUGGCUGGGACUGACCUCGAGAACUGUGACCUGUCCGGCUGCGACCUUCAGGAGGCGAACCUGCGGGGCUCCAACGUGAAGGGUGCCAUCUUUGAGGAGAUGCUUACGCCUCUACACAUGUCUCAGAGCGUGCGGUGAACCCGUUUUCCAUAACCAUGUACACUCAGUGCCACACCGACCAAUGAAUGCCAAACUUUUUUUUUUUUUUUUCUCUACUCUCGACCCAAAAAAGUGGGUGAGCCACAAAAUUAAAACCUGCUGUUCCUACCCUGAACCUUCUUCACAGGUGGGGGCUCCUGUGUUCUGCUUUAACCUCUUUAAACCCAGUUUGGGCUCUUUGUUAUUCUCUUAGAUGCUGCUGAGCAGUUUGUGUUGUUGUGGGAGACUGCUGCCACCGGGCGUGCCAUGCUUGGCUUACUGUGAUUCUUUGUCGAGUGGUCCGUGUCAGAAGCGUCCACCUGAACACCAGGACCCGUUGGAUCACAGUGAGAUGUUCGGUGUCUUGCAGAGGCUUUAAUGUUGUGGCUGCUCAUAACGUCAGCUGUAUUUCAGCGUUUUCAGACACAUCUGAAGUUCUGAUGCCUGCAGUAUUUCUGGGUUGUUGUUGUGUGUGGGGUUUUUUUUUUGUGUGUUUUUUUUUUUGUUUUUGUGUGGGUGUUUUUUUUUUUUUUUUUUUUUUUUUUUUUUUUUUGUAAAUGUAACGCAGGUUUGUGGUUGAGGCUUGUAUAUUUUAAAGGGGACCUAUUCUUUGCAUCCCUGACAGUUCAUAAAAAAACCAUCACAAACUAGGCCUCAGUGCAGCUCCUGAGCUCUGUGAUGUCCCUCAAGGAUCUACUCUUGGUCCUCUUAUUUUUCAUUAUACCUGCUUCCUGUUAGGACUUAUGUUUAGAAAGCAUAAUAUUUUUUUCUCAUCGUUAUGGAGCUCGUACCCUGUUUUAUUUUGCAUAUGACCAAAAAUGCCCAGCAGUCACUUUAAUGCUCUGUAAAAGGAUUAAAGAAAAAAAAGGCUGAAGUAUUUUUAGACUGAUGAUUGGGAGUGUCAAAGGGAACCACAGCAAUCCUGUCAGUGAUUGAAUUAGAUUAAAGCAGGUCAACGGAAAAACGAAGGAUCGACCUGUGAACUAAUUUUUCUGCAGCUUUACAGAUGUUAAAGUUUUCUCUGGUUUAAGGCCAGCUUGUGGUGGAAACUCUGAGGCAUGUUGUUUUCCAUUAAAAUCUCAGGCCUUGGUCAUCUGAAUUAUUUUGGGAUGAACUUAUUAUUUUGUAGGGUAUUUCUUUUACUGUGUAGGCUUAGUUCACACCACAAACCUUUAAUCCAUGCUUCUCUUUUGACCUCGCUGCUAAGAAGUGUCUUAAUAUUAUUAGAUAAUCUUUUGUUUUGGUCUUCUUUUUUUUUUUUUUUUUUUUUUUAGCUUCCCCCACUUUAAGCCAACUUUAAUCUGAUUGGCUGUCCCCUCUCUGUGACAUACAGAGCCAUAAGUAGAAAAAACUAAGAUGAACUAAGUGAUUCGAUCAGCACAUUAUCAGAAACUUACAUUUAACAUGAAACUCUGCUCUGGAACAGGAAGUGAUGCACGACAGGAAGUGAGGAAGAGCAGAGCAGGUCCUCUUUAAAAUCAAUGAGCAUUUCUCUGUAUCAUGUACAUGCAAACAAAAUUUCAUUUGAAAGAGUUUCAUGGAAGAAAAAUGAUGAGUGAGAAGUCAAUCCUGCUCACCCCCGUUUGUGUGGAGCUGGGACCAGCUUUACCUCCCUCAUGUUACCUCUGAGCGGCUGAUUUCCCGUCGUUGUGAGAGGUGCAGCAGGCUGAAAUAAACUGGAAUGAGCCUUUAAUAAGAAGCAGAAACGGGUGUUGUAAUAAAACAGUAAUGUCAGUGUUUCUGAGAUUUUAGUGACUGUCAGGAGUGAGGCAAGGCGUCUCCUCUGCUCUUCAUCCUGUUUAAUAAAUCUGUUGUUUCUUAAGUUUA